AUGUCGCCGGCCUCGCUCUCAGUGCUCUUGAGCAUCGCUCCUCUCUUCCAUAAUACCACCCCCUACUGCACCUGGUGGGUUGACUUGACCAAUAACACCGUCUGCAGCACUAUCCUCUCCGAGAACGCAAUCACUCUGGACACAUUCCGCAGAUGGAACCCAUCCGUGCCGGCAACCUGCGGAAGCCGCGGUGUUGACAACCACGUCAACCAAGACGACUGCCUCAACGACCUCGACUCCCCCAACCAUUACGACUACCCCAAGCAGCACUGCCCGAAUCACCAGCACCACCACUCGUCCGCCAACCACAACCACGAGUACUACCCCCGGCAAUGGGGUGUCAACGAAGGUAUCCAGGACGGCAUACCUCAAAACUGUAACAAGUUUCAUUUCGUGCAAACCGGCCAGACCUGCACGACGCUCGCGUCCCUACAUUCCAUUUCCGUGGCACAAUUCAUCCAGUGGAAUCCCGCCGCCGGAAGCGACUGCUCUGGCCUGUGGGCUUCAACGUAUGCCUGCGUCGGUGUCAUUGGAUUCACGCCCACGACGUUGACGUCGACCAAGACCGGCAACGGCGUCACGACCCCCACGCCGGCUCACCCGGGGAUGAUCAAGAACUGCAACAAGUUCGCCUACGUCAACCCGGGGGAUACUUGCGACGUGAUCGCCUUCUGGAACGGCGUGGGUGGCAGCCAGUGGAUCAAGAUCUGGAACAGCAUCGAUGAGGACUGCCGGACGAUGCAGGCAUACACCUACGUUUGCGUCGCCCCCAUCUCCGGCAACGGCAUCACCACCCCGCAACCCGUCCACCCGGGCAUGGUCAACAACUGCAAGAAGUUUGCCUACGUCAAUCCCGGCGAUAUCUGCGACGGGAUCGGCUUCUGGAACGGCGUGGGGGGUCAGUGGAUCAAGCAGUGGAACGGGAUCGAGGAGGCAUGCACGUUGAUACAGGCGUAUACCUACGUCUGUCGCCGUCGUCUGAGUGGGUUUGUCGUUGAGUCGACAGUGGAAGUCGGAACAACCGCUCAGCUGUCUGCAGCUCAGCGAUGA